AUGAGGAUUGCUUUUUCUGUUCCGUUUGGCCUCUUUUUCAUGCUGGUGUUUCCUGGAGAAGGAAUGGGAGUGGAACUUCCUGAUCCGCCCGCCGUAGACUGCGUGUGGAGCCGCUGGUCCGAGUGGGGCGAAUGUGAACCAUGCACGUUAACCAGAAGGCGUUCUCGGAGCGUCAUGGUGUUCGGACAGUUCGGUGGCGAAUCAUGCCAGGGUUCGAUAGGUGAGCGGGAGUCCUGCGUAAACAAAACAGCGUGUCAACAACCCCCACGUCCUGCCUGCUCUGACACAGAGUUCCAGUGCGAAUCAGGUUCUUGCAUCAAAAAGAGGCUGACAUGCAACGGAGACUACGACUGCGAAGAUGGCUCCGAUGAGGACUGCGAACCCGGACGGCGCCCGUGUAUGUCCAACGUGUUGGAAAACAACGAGCAAGGAAGGACGGCCGGAUACGGAAUCAACAUUUUAGGCUCGGACCCUCGCAUGAACCCCUUCAACAACGAUUACUUCAACGGUCGAUGCGAUCGGGUCAGGAAUCCGUACAGCGGAAAGUACGACCGGCUGCCGUGGAAUGUCGGGGUGCUCAACUAUGAGACGCGAGCAGAGGAAACAGUUUCCCAAGAAAUCUACGAGGACACGCACAGCCUGCUAAAGGAAAUCUUGAGAGAGAUGAGUGGGAAGGUGGACGCGGGACUUUCCUUCAAGUUCAGCCCGAGCGAAGAGUCCAUGUCCGGCAAGCCUGUCAGUGCGAAUCUAGGAUACGAGUACGAGAAGAAAACCAUGAUCAAGCACGUGUCCGAGUAUGCCAACAUCCGGAACAAAAGCUUCAUGAGGGUGAAGGGCAGAAUCCAGAUGAGUACCUACAGGCUUCGUUCUCGCGAGCUGCAAGUAGCCGACGAGUUCCUGGCACACGCCCGCUCUUUGCCAUUGCAGUACGACAAGGGCAUCUACUUCGCCUUCCUGGAAGACUACGGCACGCACUACACCCGAAACGGAAAAUCUGGAGGAGAAUAUGAGCUCAUCUAUGUUCUCAACCAGGACGCCAUCAAGGCCAAAAAUCUGACAGAGAGAAAAGUUCAAGAAUGCGUCAAAUUGGGCAUCUCAGUAGACUUUAAUUUAGAGGUAGUUAAUGACGCAAAAGCUCACUUCAAAGACGACAAGUGCGACGACGUGUCCACAAAUGUCAAAGAUGAAAUCGCUGGGAAAGCUGUAGUGGAUAAGGUGAUGACGUCCGUGAAAGGAGGGACCCUUGAAAGCGCCGUGACAAUGAGGGCCAAACUAAACAAGGACGGGUUGAUGGACAUCGGCACCUACCAGGCGUGGGCUCGCACCAUCGCCGAUGCCCCUGCACUGCUAAGCAGCGAGUCGCAGCCUAUUUAUACGCUGGUUCCCUUGGACAUGGCCGACGCCAAUGUGAGGAUCGCCAACAUGAAGCGGGCCACGGCGGACUACGUGGCCGAGUACAGCGUGUGCAAGUGUAAGCCGUGCCACAACGGAGGCACCGUCACACUGCUGGACGGCAAGUGUGUUUGUCUGUGCCCGCACCUCUUUGAGGGCAUGGCCUGCCAGAACUUUAAAGGCGACAAAGCAAAGUACACAGGCGAACGACCUGAGGUUUCCCAAGAAGGCAACUGGUCCUGUUGGUCCGCUUGGUCCGCCUGCAGCGGCGGGAAACGUACGAGGACACGGAGCUGCAACACAAAUGGACUACUCAAUGCCGGCUGCAGGGGAGACACUAGUAGCGAUGAGUACUGCUGA